UUUUUUCAUGCCGUUUUUAGUUGUAGUCCGAGUGUCGUGUGGUGAGGGUGUGUUGCUCUUUUUUGUGGAGCUGUGAACCAUUUCGAGACCAUGGGGUCGCUGUUAGAAUUACAGGAGAUGUUGAUGGAGAGGGACGACCGUAUAAAACAAUUGGAAGCUGUAGUGAGAGUGCGGGAUAAUGAAAUAAUGGAGCUAAAGUCGCAGCUAGACAAAUUCCAAAGUGUUAUUCCGUAUGCAACAGUCGCGGCCGGGGUGAGCAAAGUCCGGGCGAGGAAGACGAGAGCCCAGGGCAUCUCUGCAGAGCCCCAGUCCCUCAAGACUGCACAAGAGCUGAUGAAGCUGAGCCAGACAACUUUCCCUGUCAUCUCCAAAGACUUAAGACCACAAACACUUGGUGACCUUGAACGUGACCACAAGGAGUCUCAUGGAUGGUCUGCGGUUCUGUCCACUCGAUGAAGUAAUAUGCCACUCUGUACGCUUCCUUGGAGGAGGCGUAGACGUACUGGGUGUUACUGGAACAUGGGAUGAAAAGACUCGUCAUUACUGCUGAGGAACUAGUGCUGUUUUUUGCUGUUUUGUUGUUGUUCAAGACUUUUUUAAUUUGUACUUGAAUAUACCACCGCCACCAACACUAGUA